ACCUCGUCCUUCACUACCACUCUCUACUCCAAAAGAAACAGGGAGUGAGAAACAGAGGCCAAAACCAUGGCUGCCAGAAAAUAUCUCCUCUCCUCCUUCCUUUCUCUAACCACAGCCUUUGCUCUAUUUUUCACUUGGCUCCACCUCUCAUCUCCACCGCCAAACGUCGCCGAGCUCCUCGACUGCGCCGCCUACUCCCCAUGGUGCUCCUCCAAAUCCCACCCCACCAAUCUCGGCCGUGAUCAGAACCCCACUCGACGCCAUGAUCACUCUUCUGACACCCCACACCACCCUCUCGACCCACUCACUGUCACCGAAAUUAACAAAGCCCGUUCAAUCCUUUCCUCUCAUCCCCUCUUCAAAUCCUCUCCCUUUUCCAUCCACUCCUUAGUUCUCGAAGAGCCCAACAAAUCUAUAGUCCUAAAAUGGAAAAUCGGCGAUCCUCUGCCUCCGAGAAAAGCCGUCGUUAUAGCACGUGUCAACGAAAACUCCCACGUGCUGACCGUUGACCUGACCACGGCGAAUGUCGUGAUUCGCGAAACCGGCCCACACUCCGGUUAUCCGACGAUGACGGUGGAAGAGAUGAACGGCGCCACGUGGGUGCCGUUAAAGAGCGAGAGUUUCAAUCAAACGAUUCUCAACCGUGGGAUUGCUCUGUCCGACUUGGCCUGCCUCCCGAUUUCCACAGGAUGGUUCGGCGCCGCGGAGGAGAAUCGACGGCUGAUUAAAGUUCAGUGCUACUCAAUGAAAGACACAGCGAAUUUCUACAUGAGACCCAUCGAAGGAUUGACCGUUCUGGUUGACUUAGACACUCAAGAAGUGAUUGAAAUUUCGGACAAAGGGAAAAACAUCCCGAUUCCAAAAGCCGCCAACACGGAUUACCGAUACUCAGCACAGCCGCCGAACAAGGUGAUGAAGAUAUUGAAUCCGAUUUCGAUAGAGCAACCGAAGGGGCCUAGUUUCAGUGUGGAGGAUAAUUACUUGGUGAAAUGGGGAAAUUGGGAGUUUCACUUGAAACCGGACCCGAGAGCCGGGAGUGUGAUAUAUGGGGCUAAAAUUCGGGACCCGGAAACAGGGGAUUUGAGGGAUGUAAUAUACAAAGGAUAUACGUCGGAGUUGUUUGUGCCUUAUAUGGAUCCGACGGAUGCUUGGUAUUUCAAGACGUAUAUGGAUGCUGGGGAAUAUGGAUUCGGGUUACAGGCGAUGAGUCUUGACCCGCUUAAUGAUUGCCCGAGAAAUGCGUAUUAUAUGGACGGUGUGUUUGCGGCGGCGGAUGGAAAGCCGUAUGUGCGACGGAAUAUGAUCUGCUUGUUUGAGAGUUACGCCGGCGAUAUUGGGUGGCGUCAUGCAGAGAGUCCUAUUACCGGCAUGGAUAUCACUGAGGUAAGGCCGAAGGUGACGCUUGUGGCGAGGAUGGCGGCCUCUGUGGCCAAUUAUGAUUAUAUUGUCGAUUGGGAGUUUCAAACAGAUGGCCUCAUCAGAAUCAAGGUGGGUCUAAGUGGGAUAUUAAUGGUGAAGGGGACAUCAUAUGAGAACACGAACCAAUUCCCUGGAGAAGAUCUCCAUGGCACACUGUUAUCGGAAAAUGUUAUCGGAGUAAUUCACGAUCAUUACAUAACAUUCUACUUGGACAUGGACAUAGAUGGCUCCGACAAUUCAUUUGUGAAGGUGAAUCUCCAAAGGCAAAGGACUUCUAAAGGAGAAUCUCCCAGAAAAAGUUACUUGAAAGCAGUGAAAAAAGUGGCCAAGACCGAGAAAGAAGCUCAAAUUAAGCUUAGUUUAUACGACCCAUCAGAGUUUCAUGUGGUGAAUCCUUCGGUGAAGACUCGGGUGGGUAACCCGGUGGGGUACAAGGUGGUUCCGGCAGCCACCGCCGGGAAUUUGCUGGAUUUGGACGAUCCGCCGCAGAGGAGAGGAGCGUUUACGAAUAAUCAAAUUUGGGUUACGCCGUAUAACCGGAGCGAGGAGUGGGCUGGGGGCCAGUUUGUUUACCAAAGCCAUGGCGAGGAUACCCUUCAAUCUUGGUCCGACCGGGAUCGUGAGAUAGAAAACAAAGACAUAGUUGUAUGGUACACAUUAGGGUUCCAUCACAUACCAUGCCAAGAAGAUUUUCCAAUAAUGCCAACCGUGUCGGCAAGUUUCGAUUUGAAGCCUGUCAAUUUCUUUGAGAGCAAUCCAAUUCUUUCAUUCCCACCGAAUACUUUCGAAGACCUUCCUGUUUGCAAGCCUGCUGCCUCGGCUUGAUUGACAACACUAGAUAACAGUAUGAUUAAUUCUCUUGUAGUAUUAUGGUUAAUUCUCUUGUAGUGUUGCUGUUUAUCACUAGUACACUUUUCUCUACCACAUAACUAACUAAUAAAAUCAUUACCCGUUGAUCACAUUUUCUAA